CGUGAAUGUGCGGGCGGUUGGCGGCUGGGGACGGAGAGAGAGUUCGGAAGAAGGGAGGGUCGGGGGGGGGGGAAUGGUGGCUGAAUCCCGGUCGCGCGACCGGAAGCCUCAGGGAAGCCGGAAAUUGCUGGGGGGGCGGGCCUCCCAGCCUAGCGGCCAGGGCGAUCUCUCCAGGUUCCCGCCGUCCCCCGAGGCAGGAGGCAGCCCCGGGGGCGCGGGGUGAAGCGGGGCUCUGUAUGGAUUUUAUAUUGGAAGACAUGGAUCUUGCUGCCAAUGAGCUCAGCAUCUAUGAUAAACUUUCAGAGACCAUCGAUUUAGUGAGGCAGACAGGACAUCAGUGUGGAAUGUCAGAGAAAGCAAUUGAAAAGUUUAUCAAACAGCUGCUAGAGAAGAAUGAACCUCAGAGGGGACCACCCCGACAUCCUCUGCUCAUGGUUGCUUACAAGGUCCUGAUCACGCUGGGAUUAACCCUGCUUACUGCCUACUUUGUGAUUCAGCCCUAUAGCCCUUUACCACCUGAACCAGCGCUCUCUGGGGCUCACACCUGGCGCUCUCUGAUCCAUCAUAUCAGGCUGCUGUCCCUACCCAUUGCCAAGAAGUAUAUGCUUGAAAAUAAGGAAUUUGUUCCUCUGUCUAAUUAUAAUGAGCCCCCAAGUGACGAUGGAUAUCCAGAAUGUGAUGACUGGUGGAAAACAGACUGCAACCCGAACAACUCCACCAUUCCUCCUAACUGCACUGGCUGUGCAUUGACUACAGGCCUCCAAAUGAUACCACUCUUGUCACAGUUACCCCCCCAAUUUGACAAACUCCAACCUCUGCUGAUCAAGACUGGACAGUCUCUGUCAUCCAAGGAUCUUCAGCUUUUUCAGUGCCAGUACCCAGAAUUGACAGAAGGGAUCUCAGAAGGAAUAUUAGCCCGGUGGUGGAAUUGUUUCCCUCAUCAGCGUUUCCCUUUUAGUUUCCCUUGGAGCAAACCUCUGAAUAGAACAAACAUUCUACAUCAGCUUUUUCCUGUGUUCAGUUCCUUGCCAUUUCCCAAAGAUGUCUCCUUGAAAAGCUGCUUUGUUGCCCACCAACCACCUGUACUAGGGAGUAAGAUGCGUGCAGUGCAUGACCUAUUUGUCAUCGGCAGUGGUGAGGGCAUCAUGUACCUCACUCCUCCUACUGAGUGCAGAAAGCACUGUAAUACUGUGGUGAUGCAGCUGGAGCCAGGGGACAUUGGCUAUGCCAGCGUGGAUCAUUGGAAGAUAAGUGUUGGACCAAGAGGAACAGAGCCCUUGGUGAUCUGUGACGGAACCACCAACUCAGAAAUGUAGAGAAACAGGAUUCUGUCCCAGGAGAACCUGGUAGAGCUGAAGAGAAGAUCAGGUUGAUUGGGUGGGCGGGGCGGGAAAUAAAAAAAGACCGAAACAAAGAAAUUUCUUUUCAGGGGUUGGUUACUUAGUAGUUUUCCCUUUGCAUGUGUGAUUCUGUGAUUCAGCUAGUUGAUAUGCUCAUUGUAGUCUUGUGUAUGAUAAUAGUCAUACUCAUUCUAUAGAUAGACUGUGAAGAAUUCACUUUCCCAUAGGCUGCUUAGACUAAAGUCUGUGUUCUUGAUGGGCUCCAAAUAUUGUCUUGACACCUUGGAAAAUUCUCAAGAAGAGGGAACACUCAAAAAGAUAUGGCACCUGUUUAAUCUGAUAUCUUGCAGUUGAGACCCAACACUAUUCCACUAAGAAGGGGGGAUAGAUUCUACUCUUCUUGCUAACUCUUUAAGUUUACCACUUUCAGCUUUCUGACACAGGAACUGCAAAACUGUCUUCCUGAGUGCCCAAGCAUUUUUAGGUCCUUCUCUCCUGAGAUUUUGUUUAGGCUUCCAUAUUUUGCAGAUCUAAUAGUAGAGGAUCCUUCAGGAAUGCUUUCAUUGUUACCCUACUAUUAUUGAUUAUAGAGUAGCCCAUGUUAUUAGUAAGAUAAACCUUGAGCAAUCAAUUUUUUUCAGCACACUUAGGAAGUAUAUUUCCUUCCCAGUCUCUUUUCUAGAGACCUUAGGGAUUUCAUACUCUGACUGGAGCCUGAUGGUAAUUUGAUCAGACAGUUUCUAGGGGUAAUAGUCUCCCAAGUUGUUCAUAUUCUCCAAUUUGGGGGUUUUAUUUAUUUAUUUUUUAAAUCUUUGUUUUCUAAGUAACACAUCUCAUGAUCCCACCCGUGUCAAGGAAUUCUGUUUUGCUUUACCAAACCAUCUUGGGGGGAGGGGAGGAGUAUUGCUAAAGUAAGCCAGCCUGGGAAGCAGUCUCCUCCUUGGCCUUGAUCUUUAGGAUUUGAAUUUCUUCUGUGAAAGAUGUUUUACAGAUGUGUCAAGCUGAUGUCAUAGUGUGGUUAGGGGAGGAACUCAGGACAUGGAUUGUUGGCUGACUAAUGUGGUGGGGUGUGAGGCUGCUGUUUUAUUAAGAAAUAAGGUGGGUUAUUGCUUUUUUCAGUCUUAUAAGCUGUUUGCUUUGGUUGGGCAUUUGAGUCUAGUAAAAGUUGUUUUGAAAUGCUGUCGUUCAGCACCAACAGUAUGGUGUAAAUGGUAGGGCUCAUUUCUUGUUCUAUUGACUUUCUUGAAAAUUUUAAGACACUAGUGGGUGGGUAGACCAUUGCUCAGAAAAAGACAACAAGAUAAUCCUGUGAUUGCAUUUGGUGCUGCAGAAAGCCAACAUCUAGAACAGAUCUUUUUGUUAGAGAUUUCUGUUACCGAGUAAAGAUACUAGUGUUGAGGGCAAUUCUCCAGAUUCUUCUGUCCUGUGAAUCAUGUGGACCCUUCUUCUACUUAAUGUGAUUCCUUAUAUUAUAUUCCUACCUGUUGUUUUAUAAAGGACACACAAGAAUUGAGAUCGAUAGUUCCAUAGCUUCUGUGGGAGUGGGUCAUUUUGAACCAUCCCAAAUUAUACUUGAUAAAUUGUCCUAGACUAGAAAAAGUAAUGGAUUACAUUAUGUGGAACCACUGGUUAAAAGAAGCAGUCUCUUUUUAUACCAAUAUCUCCUUGUAGAAAAUAUUUUAGCAUCAUGACUUAGGAUCACUUUAGAAUUCAGAAGAGUUUAAGCAAAUAUGAAGAGUUGCUCAGAGCUCCCUCCAUCUGGAGUGUGCAGGGGAAUUUAAUUUAUUGACUUGGCUUUAGCUAUUUCUGGUACCUCCAGCCAGGUAUGUACCCAUUUUUUCCCUGCCUUUGAAAGGCUGCUCCACGAAAGAUGUUCUGGUGACUGGGCUGUCUGGGUUUAUCUCUUAGAGAAGCAAGUAAGAAUGUAGUGACAUCAUAAGCAUUUAGAGCCUAUUCAGAACUGAAAGGGACCUUAGAGACCUUCUCACUUAGUCCCUUUUUUGAGAGAUUAUGAAAGAAAUGGAGGGUCCAGAGUUACCCAGACAGUUGAGGGCAGAGACAGGAGUUGAACCCAGGGGCUUUAACUCCAGAUCUGUGGCUUUUUCCCUCCAUCCCAUGUGCCUCUAACUAAGCUCAAAUGCCACAUUUACAUGAAACAGUGUCUUUGAAAGGACUAAGCAGGGAGGUCUUAGCAGACCCACCAUUGAAAAGUGAGCCAUCAUGGUGAUGUUUCUGUAGCUGUGAUUUUGCCAGUUCCACAAAAGACUUUGUGACAAAGUUAUUAGAAAUAAUAUAGACUUACAAAUUUUAUAAUUGUUUUGAAGCUGUUUGCUUGAUGGUCUGAAAAGUGAGUCUUAGGGACUGCAUUGAAGGGCCAUUUAAAAUUUUACUUGUUUUGAUGGGUUGCUGUGGCCAAGAUAGGUUUUGUUGCCUGGUGACCAGCCUAUGGCUGCUGUGCCUCUCUAUUUCUACUCUGGUCCUUAGAAAGUAAUUUUGUCUGUUCCAAACCUGGGACCAUGCACAGAGCCUUAACAGCUGGGGAGAACCUGCCAGAGUUUACACUCCAUUAGCAGUGCCUUUGAUCACCUGGAGUCACUUUCAUGCCAUGAUGAAGCAUCUACCUAAGACCUCUUUGAAAUUCACUUUGAAAUAUCACUUUGAUAGUACUUGAUACAAACUAAGUUGGCUGUCCCUGGCUUUCAGAUGCACGAUUAUCAAGAAUGGGAGAUGACUGAAGCUGCAUAACGAGACCUGUACAUGGGACAAGAUCAGGCUUUCAUUUUCCCAGAGCAGAGAUAAUUUCAUUGCUAGAAAUUAUCUUUAUCUCUAUUUUUGGAGUUUGAUUGCUUUGGCAUACAAUCCAGUUGACUUUGGUCCUUUUUAUUAGAUUAAAAUAUCUCUAUUGAGAUAAAAAAAAUGGGGAUAGCAGAGAGAGCAUAGAGAUAUUAGAAAUGCUGGUUUCCAGAGCUUUCUAUUUCUUAGAGCUUGGUCUAAGACCUAGAGAUCGUUCAUUGGCCUGUGUCUUUUUUACCUCACACUCCCAUUCUUCUUCAGUGUCCUAUUGUGGACUCUGGAGGUGACCCUGACUUACCAGGGGCUGUCCUGAGAGCACAAGCUUUUGCAGGCCUUUUAACAUUCAUCUGCGAAGAAGAGCUUUAGUUGGAAGCUCUGAAAGAAACUGAUCUGACUCCAGCCUAGAAUUCUGUUAAGAUAGAGGCCUGAUGAUAAUCAGAAGAUAGACUACCAGGUGAUUUUCCUUUUUGACCAUAGCAACCCACAGAAACUUAUUUGCAGAGGCAUGGGGAGAGGAGACUAUGCUUUGUUUUGAUGGAAGGAACUAUGGUAGUGGGAAAUACUGAUUCUUAAAGGCAAAGUGUUAGUUGAUAUAGAGGACAUCUAUAAACAGAACAACAGCCUUCUGUAGCAUUCAAGUAGUCAUUUAAUAUAGUCAAGGAAUGGAAUAAGAAAAUAAUCAAUUGAAUAUCAAAGGGAAUUAGGCCAUCUUGAGGGGAAAGGCAUGAAAGCUGGUGUAAGGCUUUAGAAUUUAUUAGUCAUUAGCAUAUUUAUUAAGUACAUACCAUGUGUCAGGCAUUGGGCCAAGUGCUGGGGAUACGAAUAAAAAUGGAAGUCCCUGCCCUCAAAGACUUUUUAAUCUAAUAUAUAAAGACAACACAUAAAAAGCAGCUAAAAAGAAGGAUGGGGGAAAGGGGAUUAAAAAUUUAUUCGCAAGAAUCUUCUUGAAGGAAAUACAAAGGAUAAAAGUGAGAUAAGUUCACUGUCUCUUAUGACAAUCAUAAAUUUGGACACACAACCUGGUAGUUAGAAGAUGGUCUUGACCGAGACAGUUCUCCAGGUCCAGAUGAUUUCAGGUUAUUGCCCGAAAGGGUAUGGCCCAGUUUUAGUUAAACUUUGCUCAGUAUUUGUUUUUCAUCAUUCUCUGUUCCUUUCCCAGAAGAGGGGGAACCUUUCAUGACCAGGGUCCUCUUCAGAAAGGAGCAGUGAUUACAAAACCAUUAGUAUCUUGUGAGGAGAAUGACAGUAGGCAGGCAAUACUAGAAUUCAUAGCUUUGGGGUUUUUUUCUUCUUGUGGUGUGGGUAUCCUUUAAUGUUAAAAAGGUAAGGCUUUAACUUUUUAUACCGGGUAUUUAAAGUCUAGUCUCUUUCCUUCUCUUUCUGUUUUGCUUUACAUAGUUGGAAAAGGCCAAAUUGGGAAAGGAGGAGAGUUGAUGUGGGCAAUGAAGUCAGAAAAUGAAGUAGAAAGCUGUACCUAGUUGCAGAAACAUUGAAUGUAAUUCCUGGGAGUUAGGGAAUGGAGUCUGUUUCUAAUUUUGAACUCCUGUUAGAAGUAGAUCUAUCUACUCACUUCCAGGUUCUGUCAUCUACUCUACAUAUCCCAGUGCUGAUUUUAUAAUUUAAACAAGGUUCUAUUCCUAAAUUGCUUUGUAAGAUUUUGAGUUAACAAUUUUUAUGUUUGAUAACCUUAAAAGUUGAUGUCAAAUGGGAAGGGUGUGGUGGUAGUGUGCUUUUAUCCACUGCUAUCAGCAUUCACUUCUCUAUCCACUCCUCCAUCCAAAAAUUUGCUCUUUCCAUAGCACUGAUUCCAAGAGAUUGCAAUUCCAGAAUAUUUAGGUAGAGAAAGAUAAAUUUGUAGAAAGAGAGACACCUUCCUUUUCCCAGUCUUAUUGUACUCUCAGCCAACUCAUGGAUUGAGAUGUUGAAGGCCUGAACAACUCUCUGGCAAGAUGGAGAAAAUUUUAGAUGGUGCCUAUCUGUCAAGCUAUCACACUGCCAUCAUUCUGAGGAGUUUGAAUCUUAUUCUCAGCUGGGCCUUGCUACACCAGGUUUUUUUAACUAGAAAUAGUUAAUGAUACUUUUUGUUUUAAUGUUAUCUAUUUUUCCCAAUGUAGCCUUCCCAUUCCUUCCCAGAGAGCUAUAUAACAAACAAUUUUUAAAGGAGGAAAAACAUAGUUCAGGAAAACUGACCAGCACAUUAAAAAAAAAAAAAAAGAAAAAAAAAAGCCUAGAAUGAUCUCUGUUGUUCCACCUCUGCAAGGCUAGUAAACUAGGAUUCCAAAGUGGUGCAACCAGCCAGAUGUCCGUCUGGACUCCAGUCACAACUCCAAGCUGCCUGUCAUGGUCUAAAGUAUGGGAGUCAGGUAAGCAGAAUGUGUCAAAAUAGGAGGCACAUAUUAACUAUCCAGUAAACCUUUUCCUCACUGAGAUCCUGUAACUGUAAAAAUAUUCCUAGGGGAGGGAGUAAGUUUUGGAAGACUUAACAGGUGUUGUCUCUUAUGUAACACAUCCAAGUGUACCACACCCUGUAAGCAAUGAGGGCUUAAGUGCUAGUCUGCUAGUCAUGCUCAGAAAUCAUCCACCCAGCACUUCGGGACAUCUGGCUCUAUUGCUGUUUGACUUCCUUGGCCUGAAUAAUUUAAAUGAGAAUUUUUUUGAUCUGCCAUUGUUUUUCUUGAGACCUUAAAACUUCCAUACUUUUUUGGUGAGGGUUAUUAAAUAAUUUUGGUAAGUAGAUACAUGUGUUAUUGUGACUCUGCUUAUAUAAUUACCACUUCUCCACCUCUUAGUGUGUGUCAGUCAACAGAUACUUAUCAACUCACUGCUGCAAAGGCUCUUGAACAGAAAGAGGAAAUAAGCUCAUGAAUGGUGAUAUUAGAAAAAGCGUGUCCAGUAAGCCACCUUUACCCACCUACAGCCAGGGGCUUUCUUUUUUCCUAUUACUGUACUUGACUCCCUUCCAGUCAAUUAGGUUUUGCUAACUUAAAUUUUGUAAUCUGUGGUAUGAGUGACAGAUAAAUGGAAGCCACAGAUAAUCCGAAGUCAUUUCAAACAAAUAGGGUUUCAACCUUCUUCUCCUUCCCAAAGCUACUUGAUCAGUUUUGAACAUGUAGUAAAAGCAAUUGGGAUUUGACCACCUCCUUUUUGCCAGUGGCAUGCACAAUAAAGGAGAAGAAUUUGAGAAGCCCAGAAAAUCCAGGCUGAAUUAUCAACCCUUUAGAAAUCAAUGAAGAGGGUACCUGGCAGGGAGAUGUGGUUUUCUUUGUAUUUCUAGGUGGUCAGGGCUCGCUCUUUGCUUUGGAGCCUGGAAGCAGCUGCAGUUCAUUAUCAGUACUCUGUUUUGUUUGGAGAAGUUGGGUGUGUUGUGAAAACUGAGACUUAGUAAAAGGUGGUAGUAAUUUGUGCAUAGUUAGUGAUGUAAGUGUUGGAACUCCAUAUGCUAUGAAUAUUUGUGGUUGUUAAUCAAAUACACAGCUAACAAAAUUUUAUUUACAGUAACUUAAUAUAUUGCAAACUUGUAAAUAUUUCCAUCCUGUAAAGAAUGUAUAUAAAUCAAAUUUUAUGUAAAGUUUGUUUUUACUUUUUUCCAUUAAAAAUGCAUAUGGUGAUAAAUGUUU